AUGCACACUGUGCAAAGAGACAGUGAACACGUUCUCAGUCAAAGAGGCCAGGGCAGCACCUUGGCACCUGUUAUGGAUGGCCAAAACAGAAUGGUGGAGAGGGGGAGGAGAGCAAAGGUGCUGGAUGGCAGGCAGGUAGCAAGGGAAUGGAACCUGGAACUCAAGGCUGAGGCUGACAGGCUUGCCGGCAUGCUUGGCAGAAAGCCUGCCCUGUGUGUAAUACUUGUUGGCAAUCGGCCAGACUCAGUUCUGUAUGUCAAGAAGAAGGAGGAGAUCUCUCAGGAGGUAGGAAUAGAUACACAUGUGGUCAGGCUAGAAGCUUCCAUCAGCAUGGAUGGGCUAAGAGGGGCAGUGAAAUCUGCCUGCAGAGAUCCAGCAAUGGAUGGUGUGCUUGUUCAACUGCCACUACCAAGAAGCCUGGAUGAGGAGGGCAUCAUGUGCGACUUUGAUCCUCAAAAGGACGUCGACGGAUUUCAUGUUCUCAACAUGGGCCGCAUGCUGAUGAGGAACAGGUCCCCCCGUUUCAUUCCAUGCACAGCCCUUGGCUGCAUGCGUUUGCUGGACUGGCACAGAAUCGACGUGCAUGACAAGACUGCAGUCGUGGUUGGAGACUCCAACAUCGUGGGCCUCCCUCUGUCAACUCUGUUGCGGGACCGGGGCACAGCAAUUGUGACUGUGUGCCAUGGUGCCAGCUACAGAGAGUGCUUCGACGAUGGAAAGGCCAUGCAGCAGAAGCGGGUGGCAGCAUCUGCAUGCCAUCCGCCGUUGCCAGGUCCUUCAAUGUCGUGGGGUUUGCAUGCGUGUGGACCCAGCAGCCAGGAACCUGCAUGCGGGGAUGCCGCCAUCGCUGCCCAAUUCCAUGACUACAGGCUGCCAGAGAUCACGCGCACAGCAGAUAUUCUUGUUGUUGCUGUUGGCCACCCCAAUUUGGUGCAGAGGAAUUGGGUGAAGCCUGGCGCCGUGGUUCUGGACAUUGGCAUAAAUGUGACCCCCUACGAUGGCGCCAAUCUGGAGGAUUGCCAUGCUGACUACCACUUGACGGGGGACGUGGCAUUUGAAGAGGUGUCAGAAAUCGCGUCUGCCAUCUCGCCGGUUCCUGGUGGAGUGGGACCCAUGACCACCUCCAGCCUCAUGCACAACACGCUGCUGGCUGCCAGGCACCGCUGCGCUGGGGAUUGGUGA